AUGCAUUACUUUAUGUUGCUGGCCUUGGUGGCCCUCGCUUCGAUCAACCCCGUCUAUGGCGUGACAAGCAACACUAGUAUACCCGCUGUUCCGCAAUAUGUACUCGACUAUGUGUGGCUUCAUAGCCAGGAAAUUUACAUGCCAAGUGACAUACAGCAACAGCUCGACAACACCAUACCCAAAGUCAACUGGACUUCUAUCGAGGGGUUCAAGAGUCCCUUGGAUCUGAGUAACCUCGAUACAUUGAAUAGCCUCGGCAACACGAGUGUCUACUUGACUUCCCAUGAUGGAAUCGAGGCUAGUCCUCAACCAGCCUGGUUCCGGGGUAUAACCCCAGACAAAGAUGGGCGUCUAGGUAAUGGGACAGGAAGUGCUAUUAUCAUCGCAGAACGCGGCAAUGGAACGGUCGACGCCUUUUACUUUUACUUCUAUGCAUUCAAUAAGGGCGACAAGGUUCUCAAGAUGGAAUUUGGCGAUCAUAUCGGAGACUGGGAACACAACAUGAUCCGCUUCAAAAAUGGCAAACCCGAUGCAAUCUGGUAUAGCCAGCAUGCCAGCGGCCAAGCCUUCACGUACCACGCUGUCGAGAAAAAAGGGAAGCGACCGUACGCUUUCUCUGGAAAUGGAACUCAUGCCAACUAUGCAACCUCCGGACAACACGACCACGCGAUUCCGGGCAUCAACCUCCCCGUCGGGUUCGUCAUGGACUAUACAGACCGGGGGAGAGUCUGGGAUCCUGUCGUGAACGCCUACUUCUAUACAUACGAUGCUAAAACAGCCACAUUCGAGGCUAUCAACUCAAAAGACCCGGUAGCGUGGUUGAAUUUCAAUGGCAAAUGGGGCGAUGACCAGCCGCCGGGUGAGCCUGAGAUCUUUGGCGAGGCCAAGAAUGUUGCUGGACCGAAUGGUCCGAAGUUCAAGGGUCUGGGAAGAAAGCUGAUAUGUCCCUCGAAGCCGUGUGUCGUGCUUCCAUUUAGAAUUUGGUCGGGGAACUCGACUUCAUGA